AUGGAGCGCCCUCUCGUUGUUGAGAUGACCUACCGGUUCGAGAUUGAGGCGUAUUCAACUUUUAUCAGCGACUUGCGUACAAGGCUUGCUCAACACCGUGAUGCCGAGAGAACUGAUGUCCUUAACCAUCCUGUACUCCCCAGGCAAAAGAGUGGUGUUCGACCGGCUAGGAUUGAGGGCAACAACAACCAGAGGACAACGCUCGCCGUCCGGGAUGACAAUGUAUACCUUAUUGGCUUCAAGAAUCAGAGUGGACGAUGGUACGAGUUUGGUUACUCGGGGAAUAAUGAGCAUAUUGAUCCAACAACUGGAACCGCCAGGCGCGAGAGCAUGCGCAUGCUCGGACCUCCACAGCAGGACGGAGAGCCGUCGACGUUUCUGGAAUGCGCGCGGCAGCAGCUACGGAUGCUUAGUUUACGGAGGAGCGAGGUGGUUGAGGCGCUGCUGAGGUGGAAGAAGGACCGCUAUCGGCAAGGCUACCUAUUACCCGACCAUCUGAGGGACAUGCUUCGGACCAGUAGCCCAAGUAGAGCACUUGCUAUUGUUGAACUGCUGCUUAACAGGCCAGUUCACAGACCUACUCUGUGGAACCAGGAGCGCAGGUUCAUCACGGCAGGUGGCAAUGGCGGCCGGCGGCCGGGGCACCAGCCUCCUCCCAAAAGAACAAGAACUAACCCAGCAGCAGGAGGAGGGCCAGCCGGCCAGGGCCAUGGCCGACAACAGCAGCAGCCGCCAAACCAGGGCGGUGGCCGCCGGUCCCAUUCCCAGUGGCAGCCGACACCGGUACCGCCGCCUGAACCUGACGAUGGUGAUGAUUGCGUGGCCCAUGCACGACCCCUAGUAGAGAUAAUCGCCGUGCGCGCCGACGGCUUUCAUUUCCUUGGCACCAUAUCGGUCUUCGACGGGAGACGCGGCCAGGUCAUCUACCGCAACAAUCUUCCCAUUCCCAUCCAAGAACCACGCCAGGGGGCCGACGAGGAGCCGCUGCCGCUGACUGGACCAUACACAGCAAUCUCAGCGUACAGGAGCUUCACCUUUAGGGUUGACAUCACCGGCGGUCCCGAUGGGGCACAGGACCGCGGUGAGCUGGAUUGGGACUGCUACGACGAAGAAAACAGGUACGACGAGCCCGUUACCGGCACCAUCACAACAAACAAAGGCAAACGCAACGUAAACGUGACCUAUGCGGUGCUCAGUGAAGCCGUGGAGGUCAACGUGGAGGUCGACCUUCUUCUUCCGCCCGGAGCCGCCUCAGCUGUAAGCCCCGUCAUCUAUGGUCAAAUCGCCACGCGCAGCCUGGCCUUCAACGGCGACGAGCGCACGUGGAGCGUGCUGUUCGACUCCAUGCGCAACGGAGCGGAGAUCACCUAUGGCCGCUCUGGUGGCUUUGGCUCCAUGGCCCAGAUUCCACUGGCGCGGUCUGUAGUUGCCAUGCCGCUCGGCUCGCUCGCCGCUGGUGGUAAAGGGGAAAGGCAAGCCUCUAUGAUGCACCUCCCAGCCAAGAGGAUGCCAGCCCUUUCUUCAUCCAACGCCAAGACAUCGAGCUCACCCUGGGCGACCGCACCAAGAGAUUCCCAGUCCAGAAUGGCGGUGACGUCCAAGUGA